GGAGUAGGUAUUUCUGACAUAUCUUCUUCAGUGUGUUAAAUUAAGGUUGAAAGCUUUCGGUGUAGAAUCGCAAAAUCGGAAGUAGGUUAUCGAAAGUUGAGAUCAGUCUCCGAAGUUGCGUGAUCACCCACAUGCAAAUGAAAGUGACGGUUCGCUUACCAUUGUACACUAGUAUCUUGGAUACAGAUGAAGUGUUUUGCUGUUUGGAACUCUAAAGUAAUCCUUUGUUUACCAGAAGCCGUCUCACGGAGCCUUGAUGAUAAAAUUAUGCGAAAUAAUGUCUUGUCAUGGUUCUGAGAUGUUAAUACCAUCACAGAAUGGCUAUUUCAGCAAAGCAGCAAGGGACAUCUGUUACGUGUGAAAGUCUUAUAAAGACACGUCGAUUAAAUGAAACUGAAUCCUUCCUCUUAGAGGAAAGACUUAAGGUCUUGGAUAAUAAAAAAACCCAAAAGAAUGCUGAGUACAGAGUGGAAAAAUAUUCGCUUCAGAAGAAGAUUAGAGAAAUACAAAAUGUUCGGAAAAAUCCAGGAAUAAGCCCGGAAAGAAGAAAGCUUCUGCGCUCUCAAGGGUACACUAUCGACGGUCGCGCGGCCUUGGCUAGUUCUGAAGACAUGCCUGUGGCUUACAAGAGAUUUUCGAUGCCUGAUAUGAACGGUAGAGACUCUCGUAGUCGUAGACGUCCCAGAGGUUUGAACUUGCGUCACAGCGAGCCUACUAUGAAGACAUUUUCUCAAAUGACCCUUCAAGAUGAAAGAGGAAAAAAGGAAGAAAGCUCAGCUGUAAACAAAGAACAACAAAGUGAUCCUGCUGGUUCGGCGCGGGCCAAAGUGAGGCUACAGUUCCGUGUUAUUGAACCUCCAUGUCGACCUGGAUCGCGAAGAAACUUUAUCCAGUUGUCUGACGAGAAACUAAAGGAAUUGAAAGAGAAAGAAGAUAAAGAAUCAAAAGAAACUUUACUUGACCCAAGACUAAAGUUAGAUCAUAGGGGUGUUAUUGUGUCCCAUAGACUGGUAAAAUCUUUGCGUGACACAUCACAUGCAGAAACGAUUAAAAGCAAUGGACGGGAAGACAGAGAGACUGAAGAAAAGCGUCAAAGGGAAAUGUCGUUUAACUCGGACACAAAGGCUCACACUGAAAUCUUUGAGGAUGGUAACACAAAAGAAUUAGAGUCCAGAUUUCAAAUAAAUGACAGGAAGUUAAUAUCUAAGUCGUGCGAGAGCUUGGAUAGCAUAACGGAAGUUCGUGUUCCAGACAGCCCUCCAGACUGUCUCGAUAAUGGAGUUUCAUUGCUACAAAAUGUGAUUGCGCCCAGCAGCCGUGAGCCACAUCAUGAUCACAAGUUAAUCACGAGUAGAGAAGUUAACAAAGUGCGCAAACAUGCUAGCACCAGACCUCCGGCGCGGUUGGCAUUUGUUGAUUCACCAGAUUCAACUCCAGAUGCAAAUAAUCAAAGUACUUUUAAUUCUGAGAUUGAAUUACGACAACCGAAAGUGCAUGGCUUACAGCACAGUAACAGUGUAAAUAACACAGAUAUACAGCCAUCCCAUAGUGACAAUCGAAAUUUUUCUGAAAGUACGUCCACCGAAAUUAAACAAUCAUCCCACCAAAAAUUGGCAGAGAAACAAAUAAGGAGAAGAGCAACCUUACCUCCAGGGAAGUUCCACGCCGUGUCAAGUCAAAAUGAUGUCACACUAAACCAUGAUGCAAGCAAAAGAGAUUCUCAAAGGCUAAGCAUACCUUCGCUGGGCACGAACGUUCGCAAGUCUAAAAGGUCCGUAUUUACUUGGCAGCCCGUGCGAAAUACCAAAGGAGACGCGAUGACAUACGCAUACGAUGCGCGGCCGAAUCAGUCACUUUCCAAAGGAUAUGUUACCAUGCAGAUGACCGUCAAAGGGAAGCAAGUUAAAGUACACAUUCCAAAGUUUCCCAACGACGAAUCCGAGCCGACUCUGGAUCGUGCACGGAAAAAAGUAUCAAUUGCUCGGUUCCGACCUAGAACGUUACAAGAAAUAGUAAAAUCAAACGAAGAAGGAACAUUACUGCAGAGACAUGCAACUUAACGAAAUCUAUUCCGUUCGUUUUACUUCCGCUAGCUGAUUUUGAAGAAUUGUACUUUAGUUUUAACUGUUUUGAAUCAUUUAUUAA